AUGCGCAGUGUACCACUCACGAAGCUGCUCGGGGGACGGGGUCUCACAAGUGCGCUGCUGCAGCUGGCGCGGACCACCACCGGAGCCACUCUUCUGCGCAGAGUGGCGACCAGCUCCACUGCUGUCGCCGCCACCUCCGCCACCUCCGCCGCCGCCGCUCCCACCGCCACCGCCGCCGCCUCCUCCGCCUCCACUGCUGCCACCGACACCUCCACCCCCGCCACCACUCCCACCACCACCCCCACCCCCUCCAUUGCCUCCACCGCCACCUCCACCGCCCCCGCCAGCCUCUCCAGUGCCCUUGCCCCCCUCUCCCUUGCCGGUACUCGCGCAUUGUGCGCUUCGGCAUAA